UCUGACAGCAGGGAGUUCACCAUGGCCUUCUCAGGAAAAUUCCAGCUGGAGUCUCAGGAGAACUUUGAGCCUUUUAUGAAGGCCAUCGGUCUCCCUGAUGACCUGAUCCAGAAGGGCAAGGACAUCAAGAGCGUUUCUGAGAUUGAGCAGAAUGGCAACCACUUCAAGGUCACGGUCACCACCGGCACCAAGGUCAUGGUGAAUUCCUUCACCAUCGGCGAGGAGAGCGAGCUGGAGACCCUCACUGGAGAGAAAGUCAAGUCUGUCGUGCACAUGGAUGGGAACAAGUUGAAGGUUUCACUGAAGGGAAUUGAAUCCGUCACAGAGUUUUGCGGGGAUACAAUUAUUGCUACCAUGACUGCGGGACCCAUCGUUUACAAAAGAAUCAGCAAGCGCAUCUCAUGAUUUAUUUUUUCCCUUCUAUUUAUGUGGCAAAUAAAAAAACAAAAUGUGAA